AAUAUGGAAUGAUCGGCGAACAUACUGUAAAAAGUCAGCGGCCCAGAUCAGUCUUUGACACAAAGGCCCUGCAGGAGCAAGCUGAAUCUGCUAAAUUUAUGGCACAAACUGGUGAAUCUGGUGCAGAGGAGUGGUCCCAGUGGAGCUCAUGCUCAGUUUCAUGCGGCCAAGGGUCGCAGGUGCGAACAAGAACAUGUGGUUCACCGUACGGAACUCACUGCAGCGGCCCUUUAAGAGAGUCAAGGGUUUGCAAUAACACUGUCCCCUGUCCAGUGCAUGGCGUCUGGGAGGAGUGGUCACCAUGGAGCCUGUGUUCGUUUACGUGUGGGCGUGGCCACCGCACUAGGAACAGGAUGUGUGCCCCGCCCCAACAUGGAGGGAGAGCCUGUGACGGGCCUGAGACCCAGAGCAAACUCUGCAACAUCGCCCUCUGUCCAGUGGACGGCCAGUGGCAGGAGUGGAGCCUGUGGAGUGACUGUUCAGUGACCUGUGCCAACGGGACCCAGCAGAGGACCAGACAGUGCUCAGCCGCCGCCCACGGUGGGUCGGAGUGUCGUGGCCACUGGGCGGAGAGCAGAGAGUGUUACAAUCCAGACUGCACAGCCAAUGGCCAGUGGAAUCCCUGGGGGCCUUGGAGUGGCUGCUCCAAGUCAUGUGACGGGGGUUGGCAGAGGCGGGCGCGGGUGUGCCAGGGGGCAGCGGUCACCGGGCAACAGUGCGAGGGCACGGGGGAUGAAGUCCGCAAGUGCAGUGACCAGCGUUGCCCAGCGCCCUAUGAGAUCUGUCUGGAGGACUACACUGUAUCCAUGGUGUGGAGAAGAACACCUUCAGGAGAACUGGCCUUCAACAGGUGUCCUCCCAAUGCCACGGGCACCACUAGUCGACGCUGCUCUCUGGAUCACAGGGGUGUGGCCUAUUGGGAACCACCCAGCUAUGCCCGCUGCAUAACCAAUGAAUAUAGAUACCUGCAGCAAUCAAUCCAGGGCCAUCUAGCUAAGGGCCAGGGGAAGUUGGCGGGGGACGGGAUGUCUCAGGUGACCAAGACCCUGCUGGAUCUCACCCAGAGAAGGAACUUCUACGCUGGAGACCUGCUGUCCUCUGUGGAGAUACUCAGAAACGUGACUGAUACCUUCAAGAGGGCCAGCUACGAACCAAGCUCAGACGACGUGCAGAACUUCUUUCAGAUCAUCAGCAAUCUCCUCGAGGAAGACAACAGGGACAAGUGGGAAGACGCACAACAGAUCUAUCCAGGUGCAGUGGAGCUGAUGCAGGUCAUCGAGGAAUUUAUCCACAUCGUUGGCCUGGGCAUGAAGGACUUCCACAACGCCUAUCUGAUGACUGGAAACUUGGUGGCCAGCAUCCAGAGGCUCCCGGCACUGUCUGUGAUGACUGACAUCAACUUCCCUAUGAAGGGACGUAAAGGCAUGGUGGACUGGGCCAGGAACUCUGAGGACAAGGUGGUUAUCCCCAAGGGCAUCUUUCUACCACAGUCUACAGACAUGGAUGGAUCACCUGUUUUCAUCCUGGGGACAGUCCUGUACAAGACUCUGGGACUGAUGCUGCCUUCACCAAGGAACCACACGGCAGUGAGCUCCAAAGUCAUCGCCGUCACAGUGAGACCAGAGCCCAGGAUAACAGAGUCACACCUGGAGAUCGAGCUGGCUCACCUGGCCAACGGAACCCUGAGUCCUUACUGUGCACUGUGGGAUAACAGCGUCAUGAACGAUUCUUGGGGAACCUGGUCGAGUAAAGGAUGUAAAACUGUACUAACCGAUGCAUCCCAUACAAAAUGCUUAUGUGAUCGUGUAUCUACCUUCGCCAUUUUGGCACAGCAACCAAGAGAAAUAACCAUGGAGUACUCAGCGGUGCCCUCUGUGACUUUGAUCAUUGGCUGUGGUCUAUCCUGUCUCGCCUUGAUCCUGUUGCUAGUGGUCUAUGCUAUUCUAUGGAGAUAUAUCCGGUCUGAGCGGUCCAUCAUCCUAAUCAACUUCUGCCUGUCAAUCAUCUCCUCCAACCUCCUCAUCCUGGUUGGACAGACACAGACACACAAUGCGUGGACAGACUACAUCUGA